AUGUCGCAUACACGACCUAGCCUUCCUGUGGGCAGACGCAUAGAACGCACGAAGGCCAUCAAACGCACACCACUUUCAAUAAUUGAUAGCUAUCGAGAAGCAACAGACUUGCUGUCAUCAACAUCGGUCCGACUUUUGUUCAAGCACAUCCCUUGCAUUGAUUGCACUUCACAUCAUCUGCUUGCAAAUGCUUUGAUGAGUUUCAUAUGGCCUGGCUCCUCUAUUGAACCUCGAGCCAUAUUCGACAAUGCACCUCAUCAUCAUGAGCAGUGUGGAAAGCUCAUACCGACCGUCGUUUACACGGAGCUUGCUUUGCUAAAUGCCCUUCUCGCAAACUUGGCUACCAGCUCGUAUCAGCUUGUCACACCGAUUUACAUACAUCUUCACGAUAGUAGUAGUGCCUGCUGUCGUUGGAUCGGUGCUAAGAGUUCACGACGGUGGUGCCAUAGAGGAGUCAGCACGUGGUGGGGAGGGGAGCUGAGCAACACCAGCAUCCUCAAGAGAAGCGCAAAGAGCACAUCCAGCACAGCCAUGACCUCGCGAAACACAUCCGCCUCGAGCUCCUCCAACACCGCUUACACCCACGAUGAAGCAACCUCACUGCUCCCUCACGAGCGAACCCCCACUGGGAAAAAGCAAGCUCAGCAUCCAUCAACAUCAACAAUAUCCUCAGCAACAGCAUCUCUACACCACAUCCUAACUCUUCAUCCACGUCAAAUCGCCGUUCUGGAAGCUGCACGCGCAGAAGAAGAAGCGGUGACCGCCGCUCAAAGAGCAAGUCAAGGAGACGGAGAGACAGAAGAAGAAAUGAACAGACAUGUAUUGAGCAGAAUCGACUGCAUAGAGAUUGAUCUCUGGCACGAACGCAUUCGCGACUACGAAGCCGCGGAAUUGGGGUUGGUAAGAGCUGAAGAGUUGGGACUUGUACGUGAUGGUGCUGGGGAAGAGGAGGAAGGGAGGCAAGACGUUAGUGUUGAGGUCGAUGAGGUGGAUGGGGCGAGGUUGAGCAGAGUACAGACAUAUAUCAAUGAUUUUGCGGAUGUGGAAGGAGGAGGCUAUGGUUCUGGUGGGGGGAAGAGGAGGAAGUUGAGUAGUGUUGCACACACUGCAAGACUUGGAUCAACAUCCUUGAGCCUCAAUCACUUUCAUCCUUAUUUCUGGGUUGAUGUGAUGGGUAUCUGCUUGUUGGUUGUGCUUGUUUUGGGGCUUCUUGUUUGGAUUGGCUUGGAGAUCAGAUAUGAUCGAGAGGGCAUUUGUAGGGGGGCGGGUAUUGGGGCAGUGUUCUUUUGGGUUGCGGUGCAGAUAAUUGUGUCAGUGGGGAUGGGAUUGAUGUUGCAGGUUCCGGUGCAUAGGGGUCUUGUGCCUUUCGUGUUGCCCAUGUGGGUAGUAGGCACAUUUUCAACUGUGGUUGCCUUCAAGGCGUUGGCUGGAUGUUUGAGGGAUUGA